UUGGUUCUUUGCCGCGUAAAACAGUAUUUGUAAUGUUUUACAUUUGUAAGAUAAAGACAACACAUGCGGGCUUAGCAUCUUCUAGUAGUUAAUGGGUCUAUAGUUUAUCCAUAGACUAAGAUAUGAAUAAGAUAUGAGUUUAUCAUACAUGGGUUUUUAACGUUUUAUCACUUUUAUCAGUUUUUAUUGCUAUCACAUGGCCAAUGGACAGAUAGCUAAUUGGCAAUCUUAAAUUUUUUAUUUAUUCUAUACAGAUUCAGACAUUCUUUGUACUAAGUACUAACUAUAAUAUUAUACUUUUAUAUUAAUUACAUUUUUGAUAUGUUCUAUGUUCAUUAAACCAAACUAUAAUAGUUACUGUUACUUUAACUAUAUUCUUAAAUUUUUUAUUGAAUUGUGCUGUGUCCUUAACUAGUUUGAUCAUUCAAGUAUUUUUGUUAUAAUAUUUAUGUUAUUCUUGUUACUUUUAUGUAUAUUAAUAUUACCAACAAAUUUAAUAAAAUAUGUCUGUGUCGUUUAUGUCCAAUUGCUAAUUUUGCCUGCUGUCUUUCCACAACAGUCAUGCAAAAUAAACAAUUUUCAGGUUUCAACAUGAAGGAUUACAUGAAUUAUGUUAGACCUUUUGUACACUACCAUAAUCAUACCAAAUACAAGUCUUUUAAUUUUAGUUUAUUAUCAUAUAAUAUACUGGCUCAAGAGUUACUAGAAAAAAAUGCAUUUUUAUAUGAUUGGUCAGAUGUGCGUGUGUUGGAAUGGAACUAUCGAAGGCAACUUUUGUUAAAUGAAAUUAAACAAUUUAAUGCAGAUAUAAUUUGUUUUCAAGAAGUUCAAGAAUCUCAUUUGAAUUGGUUCUUUAAGAAAUUAUCAGAUUUAGGAUAUAAUGGUGUCUAUAAAAAACGUACUCAUUUUCAUUCUGACGGAUGUGCAAUUUACUACAGAACAAACAAGUUUACAUUAAAAGAAAAGGUCACUGUAGAAUACAAUCAACCAGGAGUAGAUGUAUUAGAUCGAGACAAUGUUGGUAUUGUGUUGAGAUUGUCACCUCGGCAAUAUGACGAAGAAAGUAUAAUUAUUUCGACUACACAUAUUUUAUACAACAAAAAAAGACAUGAUAUUAAGUUGGCACAAGUUCAUUUAUUACUAGCUGAAAUUGAGCGUGUUUCAUAUAAAGGAGUUGGUGAUCAUAAUAUUCCUGAAUACCAUCCAAUAAUAUUAACUGGAGAUUUUAAUUUGGAACCUAAUACUGCUGUGUAUGAUUUUUUAAUCAAUGGUGCUCUAUAUUAUAGUAAUUUACAAAAACCAACCCUUUGGUCCCAAAACAGUCAAAGUGGAAGAUGUGACAUGGGGAAUGAACUUAUUCCAAAGAGUUUAGGCAUCACUGAAUAUAGUCAGCAUUCAGAUAUUUUAGAAUUAAGAAAAAAAAAUAAUCAUAAACGACAAAUUAAUGACGGUCUUUAUUCAAAGCUACAUCAUAGUGAAAGAAAAAAUGAACAACUAUUAUCAUCAUCUCCGUCAGAAUUCAAAUUUGGGACUGGAAAUGUGUAUCAUAACCUAAAGUUUUCUUCUGUGUAUAAUAACAAUAAUAGCUGUUCUACAUAUCAUGACCGAUGGACCAUUGUAGAUUACAUAUUUUAUACCAAUAACAACUUAAAACUGAGAACAUUAAUGAAGCUUCCAAAUGUUGCCGAAUGUCAGCAAAUAAUAACUAUGCCAAACAGAGUAUCUCCAUCUGAUCAUCUACCACUAUUUGCUAAAUUUAGCUAUCAAAUAAAAUAAUAAUUUUAAUAUUUGAUCUUCAGUGUGUGAUAUUGUUUACUAUUUUAUUGUUAAUAAAAUUGAUUACAUAACUA